AUGGCACCGAAAACCAGCGGAAAGGCAGCGAAGAAGUCUGGCAAGGCCCAGAAAAAUAUCUCCAAGUCGGACAAGAAGAAGAAGCGCAAGACCCGCAAGGAAAGCUACGCCAUCUACAUCUACAAGCUGAACGACAUCUUCGAGCGCAUCGCCGCCGAAGCGUCCCGCCUGGCGCACUACAACAAGCGUUCGACGAUCACGUCACGCGAAAUCCAGACCGCCGUCCGUCUGCUGCUUCCUGGUGAGCUGGCCAAGCACGCCGUGUCCGAGGGCACGAAGGCCGUCACCAAGUACACCAGCUCGAAGUAA